AUGCAGCUUGCACUCCAGGAUUAUCUGCGUGCCCACGGCAAACAUCUUGAGCCCAAGGACGUUACAAUAAUCCCGCUGGAAGGAGAGGGAAAAGUUUUGGAUCGGGUUGAGCUCUUACAUCAGAGUUUGAUUGGGAACCAAGCAUGGAAAGACGCUCUUCACGAGGCGGAUUUGGUCCUAGUUGCAACACACUCUCAGGGAACGCCAACCAGCGUCUUGUUAGUGGCACGCUGGAUUCAGGAGGGUCUUUUGCGGGUCAAGGAGGAUGAUCCCAGAAUGCAGAGGAUCGGCAUUUUGGCCAUGGCUGGGGUCUCUCAUGGACCUUUCCCGUUUCUGAAGGGAAAUCUGAUCGUGCGAUGGUUUGAGGCUGAGGCGGCGGGAGAGCUGUUCGAGUUCAUGGACUCGGAAACUCGUAUUGCCAGAAAAUAUCAAGAGGGCCUGCGGAUAGUGCUCUCGUCCGGUGUCCGGUUGACUUGUGUGGCAUCGUUGGAGGACCAGGUUGUGCCAUUGUACUCUGCAGUCAUGACAUCGAUUCAUCACCCAUCCAUCGUACGAGCAGUAUAUAUUGAUGCAGCCAGUUAUCAGAACGAUUUCCUGAUAAACCUCAUUGCCUUCUCGCUGCGGCUUCGGAAUGCCGGCGUUGAUGACCACGGUAUCUUGGUGCACUUGAGCGAGGUUAUAGCCGGCAGUCUCUAUGGCGAGGGACACUCGACUAUCUAUGAAGAGCGGGAGGUGUACCUACUAUCUAUUCGAUCAUUGCUCGAGCCACCUGCAGGUCUGACCUCGGAUAUGGCCAGGAGCGAGCCCAUCCUGCAUCCUUUCAGGGCCAAACAGCGCCUCAAUCCAUUUUAUCUUCCAUGGGGGAUGCGCGGGAUUGCAGACGAGAUUAUGGCUCGUGGAGAUCAGGUUUUGAUCAAGGAGCUAGAGCGACUGAAGAAGCUGUACAUCCAAUGGAAUCCAGUUACCAAGGGCAUGAAGGAGAUCAAGUACCGCUUAGAACCAGUACGCUCCAAACUAUGA